AUGUCUGGGGAGAAAAUGGUUGCAAUUGUUGUCCCAGCCAUGCUACUGUGGUUGCUGUUGCAUGGCAAUUUUGCUGAUGCAGCCAAUUAUACAGUGGGAGAUGCUCAAGGUUGGAGCUUCAAUGCACAAAACUGGCCUGCAGGGAAAACCUUUAAAGCAGGUGACACACUUG